AUGGUGAAUACAUGGUGUUUACUUGUCGUGGCCCUGGUGGCGUUCGUGGGGGCGGAUAGGAGUAACCUGCCCCCAACCUGUGAUAGUUUGAUUUACUGCCAUGGACCCUUACUGCACACGGUCCAGAUGGCUGGUCUUUACAAUGACUCCAAAACCUUCGUCGAUAUGAAGAUCAAGUACUCUCCCAACAUCACAUUGGAACACUUUUUCCAGAUGAUGAACAGGUCCCAUCCUAUGCCCCCAACGAAAGCGGAUAUCCAGGAGUUCGUCAACCAGAAUUUCGAUCCGGAGGGCUCGGAGUUCGAAGACUGGAGGCCAACUGAUUGGAAAGAUAAUCCGGCGUUUCUCCAAAGGAUCAAGGAUCCGCUUCUGCAUCAAUGGGCGUCAGACUUAAAUCGUCUGUGGCUUGAGCUUGGAAGAAAGAUGAAGGAAGAGGUGAAGAAGAAUCAGGACCUGUACUCCAUCAUUUACGUGGACAAUCCUGUAAUUGUACCUGGUGGUCGCUUCCGCGAGUUCUACUACUGGGACUCAUAUUGGAUUAUAAAGGGACUCCUGCUUUCCGAGAUGCGGGUCACUGCGAGGGGAAUGGUCACCAAUUUCCUCGACAUCGUCGACAAAAUAGGGUUUAUACCGAACGGUGGAAGAAUAUACUAUGUUAUGAGAUCUCAACCACCUCUACUCAUACCCAUGAUGCAAUUAAUCAUGGAAGACUCGUAUGAUGUAGAUUUCUUAAAGCAGCACAUCCAUACGUUGGAUAGGGAGUUUGAUUUCUGGGUCAACAACCACACAGUCGAAGUUGAACACAAUGGACGGAAAUACCAACUUUCGAGGUAUAACGACCAGUCGCAAGGCCCCAGACCGGAGAGUUACAAGGAAGACAUAGAUUGUGCCAAACACUUCGAUACAACGGACAAGAAGGAAGAGUUAUACGCGGAGCUUAAAUCCGCAGCGGAAUCUGGGUGGGAUUUCUCAUCGAGGUGGUUCAUAUUGAAUGGCACUAAUAAAGGUAAUCUCACAAAUUUAAAAACCAGGUCUAUAAUCCCCGUAGACCUGAACGCGAUAAUGUGCUGGAACGCGGAGAUCAUGGCGGACUUCCACCAGAGACUCGGGAACGCCGACAAGGAGAGAUACUACAGGGACGUCCAUGCGAGGUUCAUGGAGGCCAUAGAACAGGUGCUCUGGCACGAGGAUGUGGGAGUGUGGCUGGACUACAGUCUGGAGUCUGGCAGGAGGAGGGACUACUUCUAUCCGUCCAACGUGGCUCCAUUGUGGACCGGGAGCUAUGAUAAGGCCAGAACCGAAUACUUUGUGAGGCGGGUCAUCAAUUAUUUGGACAAAGUCAAGGUGGACAUCUACGAGGGCGGUAUCCCCACAACUUUCGAGCACUCUGGUGAGCAGUGGGAUUACCCCAACGCGUGGCCUCCCCUCCAGUACAUCGUGGUGACGGGGCUCGCUAACACCAAGAUGCCAGAAGCGACUCGACUGGCCUACGAGAUGGCCACCAAGUGGGUGCGCUCCAACUUUGAAGUGUGGAAGCAGAAGACGGCAAUGUUGGAGAAGUACGACGCAACAAUCUUUGGUGGCUUUGGCGGCGGUGGGGAAUACGUCCUGCAGACCGGUUUCGGUUGGAGCAACGGAGUCGUAAUGGCGCUGUUGAACCGAUAUGGAGAGACGUUGUCGGCAGCGGACGUCUUCGGUUCGGGCACCGUGGACUCUGGUACAGUUUACGGCGCUCAAGUGGGCGCCGGCGGAGUCGCGACUGCUGUACUCGUUGUAAUGGCGUCUGUCGCGGCUGGAGCUUUAGGACUCCUGGUAUAUUGGAAGAGGAAGGAUUAUAUCACAGUAAUCGGAGGUGAAGAUCACAAACUAUUAUCUAGGAGACCGUAUACGGAAUUAAAGAGCAUGAACGGAGCUUCCAACCCACGCCAACGGUGA